GCCCCGCGGAGCCGCCGUACGCGCGAGUCACGUGACCGACGCAGCUGCCAGGAGCCUCCUAAAAGGGCGGAAGUGGGGGUGCGGGGAACGGCGGCAUGGAGGGGACCCUGGAGCAGCACCUGGAGGACACCAUGAAGAGCCCGGCCGUGGUGGGCGUCCUCUGCACCGACUCGCAGGGCCUCAACCUGGGAUGCCGAGGAACGCUCUCAGAUGAACAUGCUGGAGUCAUCUCUGUGCUCGCCCAGCAGGCAGCCAAGCUCACCUCCGACCCAACCGACACGCCUGUGGUGUGCCUGGAGUCAGAUAGCGGGAAUAUCAUGAUCCAGAAGCAUGACAGCAUCACCGUAGCAGUGCACAAGCUGGCAUCCUGACCCUGGCAUCCUGCUGCUCCACUCUCUGCUCCAGACCAGCUCCUCCUCACUGGACAACCUCUGUCCUCGGCUGUUCCAAUGCAGAACAUGCUUCUAGUACCAAAUCUGGGCUGAAGGCUCUCCCUCUCUACUUACCAGCUCCUAUGCAUCUAUCAGGGUUUCCAGCUCACAUUUUAGCAGUCGUGCUGUUAAAGAUGAAAUGUGAGUCACUCACCAAGCUCGUGUAAUGAUAGAUACUACAAGGUGUGUGUGUGUGUGCGUGCAUGUGGCCUUAUUUGUUGGAGAAAUCAAUAAAUGACCUGUGAAAACCUUU